UCGGCGCUGGUCUGCUGCUCGCAGGACUCGGGGAGAUGCUCAUCCUGGCCUGGGUUCGGGAGAUGCGGCGGGUGGCUCCUCUCCUUGGCUCGCCUGCUGCUGCUGCUGCUGCUGCUGCUGCCAGGACCCCCGGCUCCCUUCGGGCGGCCUGAAGGGCGAGGGGUCUUGAUGGAAGCGAUGUCCCCACAACAAGACCACCUCGGGCAGGGGCGCUCUUCCUCCGCCUCCUCCUCCUCCAUUGACAGCAAGAAGCAGAAAAUGAAGAGCUUGGCCCAAAGACGUCAAUCAGCACCGUCCCUGGUUUUCAGCAAAGCACUGAACAAGUCAAGACCAAGUUCCAGGGAAGCUUGCUUCUCCCCCAUCAGUCCAGAGACAUGUCCACUUGUACAGUCCUUCCUCUGCCCCACCAGAGCAUUCCUUCUGGAUGGACAUGUGCAGCUGAAGACAGGUCUACAGACCCAGGAACGCCACCUUUUCCUCUUCACAGAUAUCCUUGUGGUUGCCAAGCCCAAAUCACAGUUGCAUUUCAAACUAAAGAGCCAGGCACGCCUUUCUGAAAUGUGGACAGCAUCUUGCCUGGAAGAAGUCUGCGAGGGCAGUACUAGCCUGGAAAGAUCUUUUGUUUUGGGAUGGCCCACCACCAACUGCGUUGCCAGUUUCAGUUCCGUGGAGCAGAAAGAGAAGUGGUUGACUUUCCUUCAAAGCCGAAUAAAGGAAGAGAAAGCAAAAGACUACCCCAAGAGCAUUCCCUUGAAGAUUAUUGCAAAGGAUGUUGGAAACUGUGCAUAUUCAAAAACCCUAACCGUAACCAACAUGGAUUCAGCAAAUGAUGUGAUCCUCAUGGCUCUCCAGCAACUUGGAAUUAAUGGUUCUGAAAAGGACUAUCAGUUGUGGGCGAACUCUGGGAAAGAAGGUGCCCCAUAUCCUCUUAUUGGACAUGAGUAUCCGUUUGGAAUCAAAAUGAGCCACAUUCGUGACACUUUGCCGCAGAUGCAGGGAUCAAAGGACAGUGUUUGCCCUCUGGACCUUCAGGGGGCCUUCCUGAUGGAACAGCUGCCCCGCGAGCUUCAGUGCCAGUUCAUCCUCAAGCCAAGUCGCCUGGCCACUGGCCAGGACCUGAAUGAGUUGAGCCAAAAGCCAUUUAAAAGGAAAAGAUCCAUUAUAAACUGGGCCUUCUGGAAGGGAGUAGGUGCUCCAGUGGACAAUGCGCCACCAUCUCUAACAUCUCCUGUGUCAGGGAAACUCUUUGGCCUUUCCCUCCCAGCCAUCUGUGAGAAUGAUAAUCUGCCCAAACCAGUCUUGGACAUGCUUUCCUUUCUCUAUCAAGAGGGGCCUUUCACUCGGGGGAUUUUCAGACGUUCAGCAAAUGCCAAAUCUUGCCGAGAGCUGAAGGAGAAGCUUGACUCAGGGGAUGAAGUGCUUUUACUCUGCGAGUCCAUAUUUGUGACAGCCUCUGUGUUCAAGGAUUUCCUUCGUAAUAUCCCAGGCAGCAUUUUUUCUUCCCAUCUCUGUGAUCAGUGGGUUUCUUUAAUGGAUGAAGGGAACCAUGAAGAGAAGAUCAAAAGCAUCCACAGGCUAAUGGAACAGCUCCCCAGAGCCAACGUGGUGCUAUUACGUUAUCUCUUUGGAGUCUUACACAGCAUAGAAAAGCAAUCUGAGGACAAUCAGAUGACGGCAUUUAACUUAGCUGUGUGCAUUGCGCCUAGCUUGCUCUGGCCUUCAGCUCCUCCAAGCCCUGGGACUGAAGGGGAAUUCAUGAAAAAGGUUUCCAUCCUUGUGCAAUUUCUCAUUGAAAACAGUUGCAGGGUUUUUGGAGAGGACAUUACUUCCCUCUUUGGAGAUUUGGUGCCCAAAAAUGACAACAGAGAAGAUGGUUCAGAUCUCUCCUCUUUUCAUCUGAAUGACUCCUCCUAUGACAGUUUGGAAAAUGAACUGAAUGACUGUGCAGACUCGUCAUUUAACAACCUGCUCAAAAAACGGGGUCAGGAAAACAGGAGCCGGGACUCUGUUUUGACCCUGAGUGACUGUGAUUUGGACCCACAUGAAUCAGAAGGACCUCAAAUCAAGUUGCCAGCUAAAUCUCAGCCAGUAUCUAUUUCGGUUGGGUUUCAUCACAAGUCACCUUCACGGGAACACUCUGAAAACGAGUCUCUGUGCUCUAUCACAUCCGGCUACUCAUCAACAACCAUCUCAGAUGUUCGCAAAAGCUCCAGGAGGCACAGGCGCUGCUCUGAACCCACUAUUGGCCUUCUUGCCUCCAACUUUACACCACGAAGUGGCUUUCAUGAAAGUGCUGUGCGGAAAGCCAGCUGUGAUGCUGUUCUGUCCCACAUGGAUGAGGACUAUCUAAAACAGCUUCGUUCACUCCAAGUGGAAGGCCAAAAACUUAUGAAUCAGAGUUUGGCAAUGGGCAUAGAUGUGGGCAAGGAUAGCCCUGAAAGCCACACCAGUGAAAAGAAAGAUACAUGUAACCGUCUUCUCCCACCACCUCCACUUAGGUUGAACAUUUGCUCAAGGACUAGCUGUUCUAGCCUAUCCUCCCCUGGCACUUCUCCGUCGGGAUCUUCAAUGAGCUCUCUAGAUAGUGCUUUUUCCCAGUUUUCGGACUACUCUGUCUUUACCCCAACGGAAACCUCCUCUCCUCUGGACUGCACAUUUCACUCGCAGAGGAAGUGUGGGGAGAUUUCUCCUGACUUUAUCCCCUUCUCAGGUGUCCACCUUGGAUCAGGGGUCGGCACUUCUGCUAGCACUAGUCAAAAUAGCAGCUUGCUCGGUGUUAAGAAAGAGAGCAUGGAAUGGCCUCCUCAUAAAAGCCCUGUCACUCUCCAUCCCAGCACCUGGUUAAAAAGUGGAGCUUCCACCAUGAAAAAUUGGACUCUACGGAAAAGGGAGAAGGCCUCCAAGCAGGAAGAGAAAAAGAACACUCCAACUAAGGUAACGGUGGAGUUGUCAACAUCUCCUUUGGAUACAUCAAAGAGCAAUUUGGGUCAAAAGCAACAGCAGAUUAAUGUUGUGUCCAUGGAUGAGGAGAAUUGUCCUCUUCAAGAUGCUCAGCAACUCACCAGCCUGGCAUUUUGUCCAACAGAGGUCAAGGAUAAACGGCUAAAGGCCUUGGAGCUUUUGGCAGAGCAAAGCAAAGAAGAGGAAGAGGAGGAAAGCUCUGCAUUGUUCCCUUCUCAUAAACGGCAGUCUUGCAAUGCAAGAGCUGAACUUAAACCCGAGCCAGAUGCUGUCCUCAACACUGAAUGUCAAUGGGUCACUGAGGAGAACUUAAGCAAAUCUGUGCGUUCCUUAGAGAUCGCAGGCCAAAAAGUUGAACGUUCCAAGAACAAUAAAUCUUUGUCCAGCCGAGCAUCCAAGAUUAUUAGUGCCAGAUCUGAAAGAGAAUUCUGUGCCACUUCUCCAAACCCUACCAAAGCCAAGAAUGAACUUUCUUUUCAGGCCAUUUCAAGCAACACUUCCCCCAGAUCACAGGAAGGGCCUGAUGUCAGCAAAACGGAGUGGCUAAAAAAAUUGUGUGGGGAUCCCAAAUUUGAGGAGAUGGACAAAAAAAUGUUCACAGAGGAAUCUUAUGUUUGAACAGCCACCGUCAAAAGAAUUCAAUUUCAACUGAACCUUGUUCAGUUUAGUAUCCCAAGAGGAUAUAUUCUCAUCAGGGACUUAAUAGGAUUUCAUUCUGUGUGAAGGAGUAUCAGAGUGAUUUUCCUGGACACAGUCAUGUGGUUUGAGAGACAUUUUCUGAUAUCUGGGAAACUUUCAAGGGGAACCUUGCAUUCUAAAACACUAGCAAAAUAACUUUUGUAUGCUCUUGCUAUACAUCUCUUCUCUGAACCACUCCUGUAUGUUCAAAACAUUGUAAAUGUAUGUUUUGUGUCCACUGUGACUUGGGUGUAGUAUGUGAGGUCAGUCUCUGCCUCCUUAGUUAGUGGUAUUGUACUGCUGUUUUGAAACUGGUGGUCCAUUUCAUUGUCCUCCAAGGAAAGAGCUUUUAAUGUUUCUGUAUGUUUUAUGAGGCAGCUGUUCAACAGAGCUAGUCAUUUUAUUCUUUCAGCAAAAGAAGAGUUCCUAAAUUAAUCAUCAAUCCUGACCUUUGUAUAACUGAAUUCCAACGUUUGUGUGUGUCACCUUACUGUGCGCCAUUUGGACAUUGCUUUUUUUUUUUUGUUUCAGUUGUGAAUACUUUCUUAAUGAUGAUGCUCUCUAAGGGCAUUGCAUCUUGGUGGUGGUGUUGCAGGCAGAACUUCUGUAAUUUUAUUAUACGCAUUGGAAUCAUCUUUGUUAUAAUAUAUUGAAAGUAAUGCAUUAUCUUUAAAUGCUUUGAGAUUGUAUAAUAUAUCUUGAUAAUUUUUUGCUAUUGUAUAUGUUCUGAAAUAAAUGUGUAUUUUUGUACUUGGGGGAAA